ACCGGCUGGCUUCCGGGCGGUGAGGUGCGGGCGCAGGACCAGGGGCGCCGCUCCGACCGACGGGGGCGCGGGAGCCUCACCGCGCUCCCAGGCUCCGGGCCUUCUCCGCAGCCCGUCCGUGGGCUUGUUUCCUCCUCAGUCGUCGGCCCCCGGGCAGCUGGAGUCCCACGGACUCCGUGGACCCUGGAGGAGCCGCCUCUGUCAGGAGAGUCGCUGGUACUGAGACGUCCCAUCCUAGUGCGACCCGGCCGGGUCUCAGGCAGAGGCCACCAUGGAGCAGUGUGCGAGCGUGGAGAGAGAGGUGGACAAGGUCCUGCAGAAGUUCCUGACCUACGGGCAGCACUGCGAGCAGAGCCUGGAGGAGCUGCUGCACUACGUGGGCCAGCUGCGGGCUGAGCUGGCCAGUGCAGCCCUCCAAGGGACCCCCCUCUCCGCCACCCUCUCCCUGGUGAUGUCCCAGUGCUGCCGGAAGAUCAAAGACACCGUGCAGAAACUGGCUUCGGACCACAAGGACAUUCACAGCAGUGUCUCCCGAGUGGGCAAAGCCAUUGACAGGAACUUCGACUCUGAGAUUUGUGGUGUCGUCUCCGACGCGGUGUGGGACUCGCGGGAGAAGCAGCAGCAGAUCCUGCAGAUGGCCAUCGUGGAGCACCUAUACCAGCAGGGCAUGCUCAGUGUUGCCGAGGAGCUGUGCCAGGAAUCCACGCUGAACGUGGACCUGGACUUCAAGCAGCCUUUCCUGGAGCUGAAUCGAAUCCUGGAAGCUCUGCACGAACAAGACCUAGGGCCGGCGUUGGAGUGGGCUGUCUCCCACAGGCAGCGCCUGCUCGAGCUCAACAGCUCCCUGGAGUUCAAGCUGCACCGACUGCACUUCAUCCGGCUCCUGGCGGGCGGCCCCGAGAAGCAGCUGGAGGCCCUCAACUACGCCCGGCACUUUCAGCCAUUUGCACGGCUGCACCAGCGAGAGAUCCAGGUGAUGAUGGGCAGUCUGGUGUACCUGCGGCUGGGCUUGGAGAAGUCGCCCUACUGCCACCUCCUGGACAACAGCCACUGGGCAGAGAUCUGUGAGACCUUCACCCGGGACGCCUGCUCCCUGCUGGGGCUCUCGGUGGAGUCACCUCUCAGCGUCAGCUUUGCCUCUGGCUGUGUGGCGCUGCCGGUGCUGAUGAACAUCAAGGCUGUGAUCGAGCAGCGGCAGUGCACGGGGGUCUGGAGUCACAAGGAUGAGUUACCGAUCGAGAUCGAACUGGGCAUGAAGUGCUGGUACCACUCAGUGUUCGCCUGCCCCAUCCUACGGCAGCAGACUUCAGAUUCCAACCCCCCCAUCAAGCUCAUCUGCGGCCACGUGAUCUCCCGAGACGCGCUCAACAAGCUCAUUAAUGGUGGAAAGCUCAAGUGUCCCUACUGUCCCAUGGAGCAAAACCCCGCUGACGGGAAACGCAUCAUAUUCUGAUACCCACCUGGGAGGAACUUUGUCAAAGGGGCUUUUCACCCUCGAGCCUCGGUCUGGUCUCGGCAGGGGUGGCUGGUGUCGGUGGAUUGUGGUUCACUUCGCGCAAAUGGCCAAGCGCUGCCAUGGGCAGAGACCAAGAAGGAAGAUGGACCAGUCUGUGCCAGGCAGCUGGCUCCCUGAUGGGAGGGUCCGGAGACACUGGCCUUGGCACUCCCGCGGUUUCCCUGUCUAUAUCUGCCAUGGACUUAGUAGCAGCCAACAGAGAGGCAAAGGACGUGGCCAGCAACACGGGCAUCUUCCUGGUCCUGCCCUCAGCUGGGUCACUCGUGGCUACGUCCAUGCGGUAUCCACCCUUCUGGUUGUAUAGCCUCAUGACUGUAUGUAUCCAUUUCCCACUGUAAAUAGUCCGGGUUUGAACUGAAUGCCGUGGUUUUAUAACUGAGCAAAUAUAUUCACAGGCCUUCUCCUUA